CCCUCCGGGACUGUAGGGGCAAAUAUGGUUGGGUGGACCAGACCAGAAAAGACCCCCCCUUCUGUGAUACACUACUUACGCAAAUGAAACUUUACACGUUAUGUGACCGCCGGGAGAGGCUGAACACUAUAGAAAACCAAAAGGAGAAAUUCCCAAAACAGAAACGGUUUGUUGUGGACAUUAUCGACCACUAUGGCUUCCACUCCCUCCGCCUCAGCCUUGACUGCUGUUCUCCGGUGUCGGGGAAAUAUCUGGACCAGGAAUCCGCCGACCAAGCGGCCUGCCACCUCUGCGUAUAGCCUCGGACUGGCCGGCGGGACGGUGCGCGACUCGCCAGCUGAGCGCCCCCGGUCACAACAGGCACCAACGUGGGAGGCUCUUCUCCAAGGAGAGCGUGUUGUGGUGGGAAGAGGACUUGCUGUAACAUAUAAUUCGUCCCGGGUGGAUGAGAAAAUGUUGAGAGAGAAAGGUUCAAGGGAGAAAAAUAAAUUAUGUUAUCCAAAACUUUCGCGAUCAAGAGCGCAUGCCCCAAGGGACGCGUACUCAGCUGCGUCUGGUGCCCAAAACGCGCUGGUACGUCAGCUGGCGCUCAAACUGAUAUCUAACCUGCCUGGAACAGAUACAUGCUCUCAAAUAAUUCAGAUGAUUAAAUAUGACAAAUAUGCUGCGCAUAUCUAUAAAAUAGUAUUUGUUCAGGAGACCAUUGAAUUCCCAACUGGCAUUUUGAAAGUGUCCAUAACUCCCUCAUGUUUGAUGGAAAAUUCAAAACAAAUACCCUCUUUCGUGUUAACUGGCUGGUCAACACUGAAGACCACCUGCUUGUCUUUGACUGCUCUUGUGUCAGAAAUUAUAUUUUGCAAGCUGGCGGUGUUGUGUAGGUCCAGCAGCAGCCCUGAUAGUGCGCCACAGCAUCUGCUGAGCCAACAGGAUGCGAAAAACAUCAAAUAUGACGCCGUGCAGGCAAAUGGACAAAACCACAGUCCCACAGACCUCAACUCCUCCAAGGACUCUGCACAAAAGAUCACAGAGGACAGACCUGACUGAGAGAGUCCAAGGCCUCAGCACCAAAAAUACACACUGUGAUCCAACUUAUUUAUUGACUUUUACUUUUCUUUCACAAUACACAACGCACAUUUGGACUUUAACCCCGUGAUGUAAGAAAACAACAGGCUGUUUUUAGAGCACUUUUAGCUCUACUUUAGGAAAAGUACUGCAACAAGAAAAACCUGUGAAACAGCAUUGUCUGUAGUCCUAUUCUAGGCUUCCUGGUGGGUAGUAAAAUAUUGGCAAUGCGUUUUUUCUUUGAGCUUAGCUUGUAUGUUUUGCACAAAAGCCUUUUUUUUUGCAAAGAUUGUGGAAUAAAAGGUAUAUUUCCCUUUGGAAUGGAGUAAAAGUAAAUCUCACAAAAUGGGAAUAUUAAAAUCAAUGCUGAGUACCUCAAAACUGUAUAAAUGUGAUGGGCUGACUGAGAAAUUGUUCUUAUUUUUCCACUUGUGUUUUUGUAGAUGGUUACUUGAUAUUUCACUGUGAAAUAUAAUAAACUAAAAGUACAGAGCCUCACAGAUAUUCAGUGUAAGGUCACUCGCAUAGCCUAUUUUUAGUCUACUUUCCACCCCCCUGUGUGAAGGAUGUGUUAUAAGGCAUGAAAGUCAUGACUGCUAUCACUGAAAUACAUGGUGGAAGAAGUCAUUCAAAUCCUUUACUUAAGUAAACACAGUAGUGGAAAGUAACUAAGCAUAUUCACUCAAGUACUGUACUUAAGAACAGUUGUAAGGCACUUGUACUACUUCAGAUAGUAAAAUACCAAACAUCUUUGACUUCUGUCCUUAUCAGUCCUUCAUUGAAACAGUACACAUUUGCCUUUCUCUUGAGAUGGAAGAUUCAAAUUACAUUCACCUCUCUGCAGCUCAAGUGGAAAAAAGAGUUUGUAUUGUUCAAUGGUGGAAAGUAACUAAGUACAUUUACUCAAGUACUGUA